CACGUGUGAGCACGUUGAUCUCGUUGCAUCCCUACAACGAGAGGGCAGCUUAUUUGUUCAUUUCGUUUUCGUUUUUAUUCCAUUUUUGUUUUUUAGCUGUUCUUUUACUAGAUCAAAUAUUUCACCGAAGAAUGAGCGAUAACGAUGACAUCGAGGUUGAUAGUGACGCAGACAAACGGGCACAUCACAAUGCACUGGAGCGCAAACGUAGGGACCACAUCAAAGACAGCUUCCACAGUUUACGGGAUUCUGUGCCUGCAUUGCAAGGGGAAAAGGUUAGCGAUCACCUUCAAUGUAAACAAUCUAUCAAACAGGCCUCCCGAGCCCAAAUCCUAGACAAAGCCACAGAGUAUAUCCAGUACAUGAGGCGGAAAAACCACACGCACCAGCAGGACAUCGACGACCUGAAGAGGCAGAACGCUCUGCUAGAGCAGCAAGUCCGUGCACUGGAGAAGGCCAAGGGCCACACCCAGCUCCAGGCCAGCUACUCUUCAUCCGACAGCAGCUUGUACACCAACCCCAAGGGCAGUGCCGUGUCGGCCUUCGACGGGGGGUCGGACUCCAGCUCCGAGUCCGAGCCCGAGGAGCCACCCAACAGAAAGAAGCUGCGUCUGGAGGCCAGCUAGACCCGACCCGACCCGACCACAGACUGUCCCGUCCCUCCCGUUCUCCGUCUCUUCCCUGCCCUUUCACACCGGUCCAGGAGAGGGAGGGCAGACCGCGAGGAAGAUCACAACGACGAGAAGAAAUCUGUCGCUUCCUUUCUUUCACC